CGGUUCCUUUGCAUCCAUCCAUCACAUCCUGUGCACCGCUUGCUCCUCUGCAAGGAGACGCGCACACCCCUUUCCCCAUCCAGCGCCCAGCAAAGGCUCAGCACCAUGGCUGAAUGGCCCCUUCCUGCCCAGGUGAGGCUGGUUCUGCAGGGAUGGGAUGGUGCGCUCUUGCUGGGGGUAGCUGAGCCGCCCCUGGGAGAAGGGUUGGGGGGGUGGGGGUGGAAUGAUUCAAAAUAUUGCACUACCAACGUGCACGGUGGGGGGCUACAGAAAAAGGCAGCGACGUUUCAGGCGUCCCAGGCACCUGGCUAAGACUGCUCGGUUUGCAGACGCCUUUGCAAGCCUAAAUGCUUCCCGGAUAUUUUGCAUUGUUGUUACUAAUUUUGCACAUAGCUUAAAGGUAAAGGGACCCCUGACCAUUAGGUCCAGUCGUGGCCGACUCUGGGGUUGCAGCGCUCAUCUUGCUUUACUGGCCAAGGGAGACGGUGUACAGCUUCCGGGUCAUGUGGCCAGCCUGACUAAGCCGCUUCUGGCGAACCAGAGCAGCGCACGGAAACACCGUUUACCUUCCCGCCGGAGCAGUACCUAUCUAUCUACUUGCACUUUGAGGUGCUUUCGAACUGCUAGGUUGGCAGGAGCAGGGACCGAGCAACGGGAGCUCACCCCGUCGCGGGGAUUUGAACCGCCGACCUUCUGAUCGGCAAGCCCUAGGCUCUGUGGUUUAACCCACAGCGCCACCCGCGUCCCUGGUCUCUAAGGUACUAUGGGGCAAUUUUUUUUAUUUCCUUCCAGUCUUCAAGGUGGAGUUCAGAAGUCCUGGCUGCUCCUGUGGUGGAUGCCGCCUUCCCCAAAGAGGCGCAGACGGCCACGAUUUCUCUGUGGACGGUGGUUGGCGCUGUCCAGGCGGUGGAGCGGACGGUGGAGGCUCAGGCCCUUCGGCUCCUCAGCCUGGAGCAGAGGUCCGAGGCAGCCGAGAAGAGAUUUGGGGACUGCGAGAAGGCCGUGGCCGAACUGGGCAGCCAGCUGGACAGCCGGUGGUCAGCGCUGGAGACUCUCCUGCAGGAGUAUGGGCAGCUGCAGAAGAGGCUGGAGACCAUGGAGGACCUGCUGAAGAACGGGAACUUCUGGUUUCUGAAGGUCCCCGUGAGCGCGGCUGCAGGAGCUUCUAAGGUAAGCACAGACCUCAGGCUUCAUUGAUAAAGUGGGCACAAGAUGUCCAAUGAUAAUAAUAAUAAUAAUAAUAAUAAUUAUUAUUAUUAUUACAGUGGUGCCUCGCAAGACGAAAUUAAUCCGUUCCGCGAGUGUCUUCGUCUAGCGGUUUUUUCGUCUUGCGAAGCAACCCUAUUAGCGGUUUAUCGGCUUAGCGCUAUUAGCGGUUUAGCGGCUAUUAAAGGCUUAUCGGCUUAGCGGAUUAGCUGCUAAAAGGCUAUUAGCGGCUUAGCGGCUUAGAUAAAGGGGGGGGGAAGCGAAAAAAAAUCUCAAGACUCGCAAGACAUUUUCGUCUUGCGAAGCAAGCCCAUAGGGAAAUUCGUCCUGCGAAGCAACUCAAAAACGGAAAACCCUUUCGUCUAGCGGGUUUUCCGUCUUUCGAGGCAUUCGUCUUGCGGGGCACCACUGUAUUAUUAUUAUUUUUGAUGUUGAAUAUUUUAUUAAGGAUUUUCUUGUUUUACAGAAGUAAGUGUAAUGCCUCGUAUUUUUUCCCCCCCAUGUAACAUUUUUACAAAUCCGUUUCAUUUGUCGAGGCAUUAGGGGGAGAAGAAAAAAAGGAAAAAAGAAAGGGGGGUGGAGAGAGGGAAGAUGGAUGGGGGUGGGGUCGGGUGGCGGUGUUUCUAUUAUGUUUAAUGUAUGUAGAGUUUGGUGUCGGCGUUGCUUGUGUUGUUCACUUGUGUUCCUUUGGUGGUGAGAGAGGUUGGGGUUGGUCUAGGGUGUGAUUGUUUGCUUGGGAUCUUUGUUUUCGUGUGUGAGUGAGGUGGGUGGGUGUUUUGGAUCAGGUUAGCCAUAUUGAUUUGUAUGCUGUUGGUGGAUUAUUGUCAUUGUCCUGUUGGGCUGUGUAUGUGAUAAAGGGGAGCCAUACCGGGGUGAAGGCGUCGUCUUCUGUUUGUCCCCGUGUCAGUUUCAGUUUAUUAGUUAAUUUUUCUAGUAGGGCUGUUUCCCAUACUAUUUGGUACCAUUGGUCCAUGUUUACUCCUGACAGGUCUCUCCAGUGUCUGGUUAUGGUGUUUCUCGGGCCGUCCAAUUAUGCUAAAAGAUUGGGAAAACUUAUGGAAGGUAAAUUUGAAAUUUACAGCCAGCUAUAAUAUAAGAGAGAACAUGAUGACGUGCCCAAAGAUUAAGGCUUUCUGGGAGAUGAUAUAUAAUGAACUAAAAAAGGUAUUUAAAUAUACCUUCUUGAAGAAACCAGAGGCCUUUCUCCUGGGCAUAGUCGGCCAAUCGGUGUUAAAAAAGGACAGAACUUUUUUUAUGUCUGCAACAACAGCAGCAAGAAUACUCAUUGCAAGGUAUUGGAAGACACAAGAACUUCCCAUGCUGGAGGAAUGGCAGAUGAAAUUAAUGGACUAUAUGGAAUUGGCAGAAAUGACUGGCAGAAUCCGAGACCAGGGAGAAGAGUCGGUGGAAGAAGAUUGGAAGAAAUUUAAAGACUAUUUACAGAAAUAUUGUAAAAUUAAUGAAUGUUAGAAUGAUGUUGGAUUGAAGUUAAGUGGUUUCCAGCUGUAUAGGUACAGAAUAUGGAAAAAUUGGUUUUUAAUAUGUAAAAAUCUAACGUUACAAUAUAUCAAGACUAAGGAUUAGGAUUAAAAAGGAGGGAAAGGAAUUGUUGGAUUAACAAAUUGAAUUGGAAUACAAAAGAGGGAGGUAUGAGGAGGUCCGGGAAACAAGUAAACGUAAAAGAAGUGAGGAAAAGAUGGAAUUGUUUUUAACUGUUUUUUCUUUUUUUCCUACUUUGUAUUUUUCCUUUUUAUUGUUAAAUUUUUUUUAUUAAUGUGAUUUUUUUUCCUUUGAAACUUUAAUAAAUAUUAUUAAAAAAAAAAAAAAGAGAACAUGAUGAAAAUGGCUCAUAGGUGGUACCUCACUCCUUCCAGAUUAUCAAGAAUGUAUAAAAAUUUGGCGAAUGCUUGUUGGCGAUGUGGAGGAAAUAAUGGUGACAUGAUUCACAUGUGGUGGACGUGUGAAAAGAUUAAGAUUUUUGGGGGGGAAAUAUACGAUGAAUUAAAAAAGAUGAUGGGGAUAACUUUUACGAAAAAACUGGAGGCAUUUCUAUUAAGUAUUUUAGUUAAAGAGAUCCCAAAAAAUCUAAGAGAGGUAUUCUUGUAUGCAACCGCAGCGGCUCGUAUACUUGUGGCCCAGGGAUGGAAAGAUCACGAGGCUCCAAAAAUAACAGAUUGGCAAAUCAAAUUACAGGAAUUGGUGGAGACGGCGCAACUGACUAGUAAACUCAGAGGAAACUCAAAGCAAAAAUUAGCGGAAAAAUGGGAUGUUUAUAAAAAAUAUGUUCAAAAAUACAAUAAUAGUUUUGACUCCGUGCUAGCAUUCAAGUGAUAAAGGAACUAAAAGGAGGUAGAUUACAAUUAAGGAUUUAUUAUGUUUUCAGAAUGUAUUAGAAAAAUUAUAUAGAAAGGUUUAUUGUUUUGUGUCCAUUCGAAUGUAAGAUAAAACAUAUGCAAAGGGACUUGACAGGAAGUCAAAGUUGAAGAAAAGAUUUUGGAAGCUAAAAGGGGAAAAAUAUUUACUUUCAUUAUUAUCAUUUUCUGUGUGGGUGUGUGGGUGUCUGCACAUAUGUGUGUUGUUGUAUGCAAUGUUUGGGAGGAAAUAAGACGGUAAAUAACAAGUAACAAACUAAAUAUCAAUGUAUGUAAUUUUUUAUUUCUUAAUUAUAUUUAGUGGUAGUAUGGCUGUAUUGUUUUUUGUAACAUAAAACCAUUCAAUAAAAAUUAUUAUUAGUAUUUUAAAAAGGUAAGCACAGACCUAGAGAAUUGGGGAAGUCUGCAGUAGUAGUUCUGUCAAGGAGCAGGCUGUGAUUUUAUUUAUUGCAUUCACACCUCAGCUUUCCUCUAAGGAGCUCAUGGCACACAGAAUCAUAGGAAGGGACCCCCUGCAAUGCAGGAAUCUUUUGCCCAAAGCAGGACUCGAACCCAUGGCUCCCAAGAAUGCUUAUGUUUUCUGAACCAUCCUUCUUGAAAUUUGAAAUAUACUCAGAGUCAAGAGUGGAUUUCAUGCUCUUUAUUCAGCUCAUAGUGGUGAGGAGGAAUGGAAGUUCCCCCAGAAUGUCUGCCUUAUAUACAUUAUUUUCACAAUGGGCCCCACGUGAUUGGCUAAUUCCGGGAUUCUCCUGUAGGCCAAUCAGGUUGCGGAUUCACUUCCACCUGGAGCUGGAUUGGCUGGCUCCUGUGGACCAAUCAGACUGCUGCAUUCUGGAUCCUAUUGUCCUAGGACCAAUCAGACUGCUGCAUUUUGGAUCCUAUUCAACUCAGUACAUAACAAAAUUAUUCUUUGAUUCUGCUAUCUAGCUAUCUAUAUUGCGCUGUUUGUUGGGUUGCCCCUUUGGUACUGGGGGCUGUCCGGCAGAAAAGCAUGGUGCAAAUGUUUAUUUCUAAACAAGUUAGCCCUUCUUGUGCUAAGAAACUAAAAUAUAAAUGAAUAAAAAGGCUGAAUGGCCAUCUGUCACGGAUGCUUGAGUUGAGAUUCCUUCAUGGCUGGGGGUUGGUCUGAAUGACGCUCAGGAUCCAUUCCAAUUGUACGAUUCUAUGAAGAACCAGUGCUAACAUCCUCAGCAAGCUGGGGAUCCCACAGGCCUAGGAAUUAUACAGACUCAUAUAGAGGUAUUUCCCGCACGUGUAGAAAUUAGAAAUUAUGCCACAUUCUCAGAGAAAAAGUGUAGUAAUUUUAUUAUUUUUACCCUGCCCUUCUGACUGGGUUGCCGGUUGCCUGCUGAGUUUUCCCUGCACAAAUAUCCUUGACAUUUUCUUAAUACGGUCCAAGCCACAGAGACUUGCAAAACGCCGGCACCCUGUCGUCUACAACUUCAUUGUCUACAACUUUAUUAACAUCUGUCUACCACUCCACUAGCAUCUCCCGGUAUUGUGAAUAACACCCAACUUACCUUUUGUUGGUAUCGUCAUGAACUUAUCUAAAAGACUGAGUUAAGCAUUUGAAAAAUCUAUUGAAACCAGACAUUAUAAGUUCAUUUUAGGCUGGGUAGUUCAACAAGUCUCUGUGGCUUUGUUUAAUGUUUUGUGUUUUUCUCAGGAGGUUGAUAAAGUAUGUAUAAUUAUUGUUCUGUGUAUAUUAAUCACCAACGUGUUGCAUGAGUCGCACUAUCUCUUCACAUGUAAAGGUAAAGGGACCCCUGACCAUUAGGUUCAGUCGCGGACGACUCUGGAGUUGUGGCGCUCAUCUCGCUUUAUUGGCCAAGGGAGCCGGCGUACAGCUUCCGGGUCAUGUGGCCAGCAUGACUAAGCCGCUUCUGGCGAACCAGAGCAGCACACGGAAACGUCAUUUACCUUCCCGCCGGAGUGGUACCUAUUGAUCUACUUGCACUUUGACGUGCUUUCGAACUGCUAGGUUGGCAGAAGCAGGGACCGAGCAACGGGAGCUCACCCCGUCGCGGGGAUUCGAACCGCCGACCUUCUGAUCGGCAAGUUCUAGGCUCUCUGGUUUGACCCACAGUGCCUGCUCCAUAGCAAUUGUUGUUCAUCCUUUACUAUUCACCAUAUAGAUGGGUUUUUGACGCAUUUCUGUAUCCUUCUGCUGUGCUGAAGAAUUCUACGAAACAGUGGGUAUAUCCGGAAUCACUGUUCAAUACGUCUGUUUGUGAACUACCUCGGCAGCGUUGAACGCCAUAAACAAAGCUUUACAGCCUUUUCACCAGAUAAAAAUCUGAUAUAUUGCUUCUUUCAGAGACUUGCAUAGUCUUCAAAGACUUUCAGAGACUUAUGUUUAUUUGGUUUUAUGUUUUCAACACAAAUUCAAAGAUUAUCUUCAGAAACAUUGCAAAAUUAAAGAAUGUUAGAGUGAUGUUGGACUGAAAAUAAGUGGUUUCCAGCUGUACAGGUUAAAGUUAAUGAUAGACUAAGAUUAAAGAUUAGGAUUAAAGAUGUUUAAGGAAAUGGAAAUUUGGUAAUUAAGAGGUAAAAUUUCAAGGUUAUAAUACAUUAAGAUCAAAGAUUAGGUGUAAAGAAGUUGAAGUUAUAUAUUAUAUUAAAAUUAAAGAUUGGGACCAAAAAAGUGGAAAAGAAAUUGCUGGACAAACAAUUUGGAUUGGAAUACAAAAGAGGGAGGUAUGAGGAAGUCCAGAAAAUAAGUAAAUUCAAAAACGGAAAUGGAAAAGAGAUAUUGUUUUUAAUUGUUAUGUUUCUUUUUAUUGUUGAUUCUUGCUUUUCGUGUUUUUUAAAAAAAUUUUCUGAGAUUUGCAUUGUGUAUUUGUGUAUUUUUUAUGUUUUUUUUUGUUGUUUAAUUUUUGAUUGAAACCUUAAUAAAAAUUAUUUAAAAAAAAUAAAAAAUAUUUGGUUUUAUGUUUUCAAGCGAAUCCAUUAAGAGUGCAUAUUUUGUGACUUUCAGAGAUUCGUAAGUUUUCUGUUUAUGUGAUUUCAUAUAUUUCAUAUUAUAUAAAGAGUGUAUAUUGAUAUUGUAUCAUUGUAUUUGGUCAUCGUGUUGCCUUGGAUAUUAUUGACUAUUGAUUGCAACAGGGGUUAAAUUAUUUGGUUAUUUGUUGUUAUCCCCCAGGUCUCAGCGGCUUUUGGCGAUGGCUCGGCUCCCUUUUCCCGGGAGAGGCUAGAAGAUUGGCAGAAGGAGUUGUAUAAAAACGUGGCCAAGGGGAACGGAGAGUCUCUGAUCUCCCUCGGUAAGGAGCAGGGCCGGCUCUCCAUGGGAUCCCUUUCGGGGUGGCCACAGUGUGGUGUAGUGGUUAAAGCAUCGGACUAGACCAUGGGAGUCUGGAGUUCGAAUCUUCCUGCUUUGCCAUGAGGCUCACUGGGCGACUUUGGGCCAGCCGCUGUCUCUCAGCCCAACCUAUCACUCAGCUGGGCUGUUUUGAGGAUAAGAUGGGGAACGAGAGAAACCUUGAGGUCCUUGGAGGAAAGAUAUGAAAUAAAUGAAAUAAAUCAGUGGGCCAAAAUACCCCUAAGCUACUCUUGCAGGUCAUAGCUGGUUCUCUUGCCAUGAAUAUGGGGUUUAUUAUUAUUAUUAAAAUUUGUAUACUGCCUUUCAUCCGAAGAUCCUAGGGUGGUUCACCCUGGCUAGGCCAUCCUGAAUGAACCAGGGAUGUCACUCCAUCCUCUUGCAUUCCUAAAGUUGUUUAGAGUUCCCUUUGGAACUCCCUGCUGUUAUGUAUCAGACGGGCACUGUCUCUCUUAACUUUUCGGUACCUGUCGGAAUUCUCUCCUCUAUCUACAAGCCUCCUCAGCCGAGACUUCUAUCCCAGCUAGUUUCGGAAUUGGAAUUGGCAUUUAUUCCUUCCGCAGGGCCUGUAAGACAGAGCUAUUCCGCCUGGCUUUCAAUUUAAACUUAGCCUGAUCUUUUAUUCCCCUUCCUUCCCUCCCUCUCCUCUUUUAUAAAGAUUACCCGCUCUGGGAUCCCACAGCUAAUUCUCCCCUGGUCUCCUCGCUGGCCCAAGUAGGACUACCGUAAUUUAGCCAGCUAGCCCUGGUGAUCAUCUAAUGUCUAUUGGAUGGAUUUCCCCCCCUAAAUUGAUUUUUGAAUUCUGAAUUUAUUGUUAUGUACGUUUUAUACUGUAUUUUAUGCUGUUUUUUGUUGUAUCAAUUAAGUGUUUUAAAUUUGUUGUUAGCCGCCCUGAGCCCAGUUUUCUGAACAGGGAAGGACGGGGUAUAAAAAAUAAAUAAAUACAUAUUAUUUAUUAAUUAUUAUAUAUGUAAUUGUUUCUAACCGCUUUAACUCUAUGCCAUGGUUGCAUAUAUGCUUCAUCAUACUGUGAGAUUGCUUUGAGAGGCAUUGUAAAUGGAACUGGUAAUUUUAAUUUAGGAUGGCCUCUCUUAAAAAUAAAGCACUGCCCUUUAAUGGGAUCUUCGUAACGACAGUUACGACAGUUCUCCCUUCCCCGUCUCCUUUGACCAGAUCUUGCUGUUUCUAAACUGGAGAAUUUCACCUGUACUGCGCAAGAAGGUGCUCCUCACAUUCUGGGCCAGAAAAACUCAGACGAACGUGCUCAGGAACCUUCGUCCGAUUCCAAAACAGGUAUCAGAUUUUAAAUUGAGAAUUGCUUGCUGUGUAUUUUGUGUGUGUGUGAUUCUGUCCUUUCCAAAGCAUCCCAGGGGAAAUUGCUGUUCUCCUUUUGGGAUCUUCCAGCAGUAACGUCUUGCUGCUCAUGUGUAGAUGGAAGGGAGUGACCAGUUUCUGGAAAUGCUUCACUUAAAGGAGAUAUUACGUUGGGAGCAAGGCAGGGCAAAUCUUGGGAACUGCCAGCAACCCUGACCCCCAUUUUACAGCCCUACCUCUCGUUCACCCCAAGAACCGCCCUAAAAGGUAAAGGGACCCCUGACCAUUAGGUCCAGUCGUGGCCGACUCUGGGGUUGCGGCGCUCAUCUCACUUUAUUGGCCGAGGGAGCCGGCGUACAGCUUCUGGGUCAUGUGGCCAGCAUGACUAAGCCGCUUCUGGCGAACCAGAGCAGCACAUGGAAACGCCGUUUACCUUCCCGCCAGAGUGGUACCUAUUCAUCUACUUGCACUUUGACGUGCUUUCGAACUGCUAGAUUGGCAGGAGCUGGGACUGAGCAACAGGAGCUCACCCCGUCAUGGGGAUUCGAACUGCCGACCUUCUGAUUGGCAAGUCCUAGGCUCUGUGGUUUAGACCACAGCGCCACCUGCAUCCUUCAAAUGUAAAGGAUAAAGGUAAAGGGACCCCUGACCAUUAGGUCCAGUAGCACACGACUCUGGGGUUGUGGCGCUCAUCAUGCUUUGCUGGCCGAGGGAGCCGGUGUUUUGUCCGCAGACAGGGUGACUAAGCCGCUUCUGGCGAAACCAGAGCAGCGCACAGAAACGCCGUUUACCUUCCCGCCGGAGCGGUACCUAUUUAUCUACUUGCACUUUGACGUGCUUUCGAACUGCUAGGUGGGCAGGAGCAGGGACUGAGCAACGGGAGCUCAGCCCGUCGUGGGGAUUCGAACCGCUGACCUUCUGAUCAGCAAGUCCUAGGCUCUGUGGUUUAACCCACAGCGCCACCCGCGUCCCUUUUUAAGAACCGCCCUGCGCAGGUCUUUAAUACAGUACAAUCACACCAGGUGCCCAACGUCUUGCUCUGCUUUCCUUUGGACCACCUCAGCGAGGCCGAGAAGGGGUGGGUCUUGCCGUCUGGGCAGCCCAGGACCUCCAGACACACAACCCAGCCUUGUGUCCCAGGAAGGUCACACAAAAAAAGUGUUCCCUGCAUUUAACUUGCAGAAUUUCCGCUUUGUUUAGGAGGCUGGCUGGAGUGGUGCAGGUUAAAUGCAUGCAAGGAGAACUUAAAAGCUUUCUUUGCACCAGAUCCACACGACGUGGCAAGAACUUUUAAGCUCUCCACCUUGCGCUCCCCCGAUUCUCUCGCAAAAUCUCCCGCAAGCAACCCUAAACUUUUAGUCAGUGCGCCGAGUGUGCCUGCCAACUAAGGCUACCCAGCGCAAAAAAAGUGCUUUUGAGGUGUCCCUGGUUCUUGUUUGCACUGCGUUUUCGUUUUGCUGUUGGGAGAAACUGAGGCGACCAAUAUUCCCAACGCCAUGCAUUGAAUGCAUGGUGGAGCCAGCUCUCCUGAGUGCUUGGAAAAACCUGUUUGUCAUCAUCAUUAUUAUUAUUAUUAUUAUUAUUAAUAAUUUAUAUCUCGCCCUCACCAGCCGAAGCCGGGCUCAGAGCGGCUAAUAACAAUAAAAGUAACACAGCAUUCUAAAAUCAAUUCACUUUAAAAUCAAUUCAAAAUCAAAUUAAUGGCAACCAUUGGGCUAGAGUGCUAUGAGGAUUACAGGAGAGAGGGAGUCAGACUGUGCCUUGGCCAAAGGCCUGGUGGAACAGCUCUGUCUUGCAGGCCCUGCGGAAAGAUGUCAAGUCCCACAGGGCCCUAGUCUCUUGUGACAGAGCGUUCCACCAGGUCGGGGCCAGUACUGAAAAGGCCCUGGCCCUAGUUGAGACCAAUCUAACCACUUUGCAGCUUGGGACCUCCAAAAUGUUUUUAUUUGAAGACCGCAAGGUCCUCCGGGGACGCAGGUGGCGCUGUGGGUUAAACUACAGAGCCUAGGAUUUGCUGAUCAGAAGGUUGGCGGUUCGAAUCCCCGCGACAGGGUGAGCUCCCAUUGCUCGGUCCCUGCUCCUGCCAACCUAGCAGUUCGAAAGCACGUCAAAGUGCAAGUAGAUAAAUAGGUACCGCUCUGGCGGGAAGGUAAACGAUGUUUCCGUGCGCUGCUCUGGUUCGGCAGAAUCGGCUUAGUCAUGCUGGCCACAUGAUCCGGAAGCUGUACGCCGGCUCCCUUGGCCAGUAAAGCGAGAUCAGCGCCGAAACCCCAGAGUCGGCCACGACUGGACCUAAUGGUCAGGGGUCCUUUACUUUUACCUUUAAGGUCCUCCUUGGGACUUACCAGGAGAGGCGGUCCCGUAGGUAUGAGGGUCCUAGGCCGUAUAGGGCUUUAAAGAUUAAAACCAGCACCUUAAACCUGAUCCUGUACUCCACCGGGAGCCAGUGCAGCUGGUAUAGCACCGGGUGAAUGUGAUCCCACGGCGUGGACUCCGUAAGGAGUCUCACUGCGGCAUUCUGCACCCGCUGGAGUUUCUGGGUCAGCUUCAAGGGCAGCGCCACGUAGAGUGAGUUACAAUAAUCAAGUCUGGAGGUGACUGUCACAUGGAUCACAGUGGCGAGGUCAGGGCGAGAGAGGUAAGGAGCCAACUGCUUAGCUUGGCGGAGAUGAAAAAAUGCCGCCUUUGUUUUGCCCAGGAGGGAACAAGCAGGCUGCGUUUUGAGAUUUCAGAUAAACCAGGAAUAUAUAGGAAAGGUCAAACUUCUCUCUCUCUCUCUCAUCUCCCGGAAACAGAAUCUCCCAUUUCCAGGACAGAUAUUAUUUCGUGGAUUAAGCAGGAGGAGGAAUUGUGUACCAAGGGCAAUGGCCAGGACGGAGCCCUCUGUCAAAGUACCUGCAACUGUGAGUAUGUUGAAAGCACCACAACAGCCGUUCUCCCAUGUCAUCACAAGAGGCUUGUUCCGUUUUUAGGUUAUCCGUAUUGAGGCUUCCUUUCCUGGCUGCUGCCCAGCUCUAUCUCUCCACUUAUAUUUAUCUCGUAGAAUUGUAGAGUUGGAAGGGACCCAACGGUCAUCUAGUCCAACCCCCUGCAAUGCAGGAACUUGCAGCUUCGAACCUGCAACCGUGGCGUUGUCAGCACCAUCCUCUAGUCAUCUGAGGAAGGUGUCUCCACAUUGCGCGUUAAUGUGAAAAUGUCUAGACCAAGUAAGGCAUCUUAGCUGAGAUUCAGUACAGCCAAAGGGAAACUGACUCUAUGGGAUAUGCCCAUCGGAGAGAGACUACUACAGGGACCACACAAUACUCGCUUUCUGCAUCUGUAAGAACUCAGAUCUUUUAGUGUGGCAGCACCUAAUAAUAAUAGCAAUAAUAAUAAUAAUAAUAAUAAUAAUAAUAAUAAUAAUAAUUUAUUAUUUAUACCCUGCCCAUCUGGCUGGGUUUCCCCAGCCACUCUGGGCGGCUUCCAACAAAACACUAAAAUACAAUAACCUACUAAACAUUAAAAGCUUCCCUAAACAGGGCUGCCUUCAGAUGUCUUCCAAAAGUCAGACAGUUGUUUAUUUCCUUGACAUUUGAUGGGAGGGCAUUCCACAGGGCGGGUGCCACCACCGAGAAGGCCCUCUGCCUGGUUCCCUGUAACUUGGCUUCUCGCAAGGAGGAAACCGCCAGAAGACCCUCGGCGCUGGACCUCAGUGUCCGGGCAGAACGAUGUAGGUGGAGACGCUCCUUCAGGUAUACUGGACCGAGGCCGUUUAGGGCUUUAAAGGUCAGCACCUAGACUUUGGAACUCCCUGCCACUUGAUCUCAGGUAUGCCCCACAGGGAAGGGACUCUGCUAUGUUUAUGUUGCAUAGAGCAGCUCUUCAGCCAGGGCUUCCCAGAUGUGUCCUUGGACUGCAACUCCCAGGAUUCUCGCUAACUUGUUCAUAAACUAAUCUAGAGUUAGAGGUGAGCAGGGAGGUUUGCUCAUGAGGCUAAAUCGUCCAGCAUCAUUAAAGAGAUGAAGAAAGGACCUCUACGAACUGAAUGAAUGGGCAGUAAAAUAAUAAUAAUCCCUGUGAAACGCCCUCCUUUCAGAUGUCAAGGAGAUAAAAGAAUUACAUAACGUUUUAGAAGACAUCUGGAGGCAGCCCUGUAUCGGGAGGUUUUUAGUGUUUGAUGUUUUUAUUAUGUUUUUAGAUAGGCUGUAAGCUGCUCAGAGUAGCUUGGGAAACACAGCCAGAUGGGCGGGAUAAUAAUAAUAAUAAUAAUAAUAAUAAUACUUUUCAGUAUUACAGGGUGGUUCGCAGUAUAAAAAUACAAAAUGAUUACAGUUGUACCUUGGAAGUCGAACGGAAUCUGUUCUGGAAGUCCGUUCGAUUUCCAAAACGUUUGAAAACCAAAGCGUGGCUUCCGAUUGGCUGCAGAAAUCCCCUGCAGCCAAUCAGAAGCCCCGUCGGACGUUCGGCUUCCAAAAACAGUUCGCAAACCGGAACACUCACUUCUGGGUUUGCGACGUUCAGGAGCCAAAACGUUUGGGAAAUAAGCUGCUUGACUUCCAAGCUACGACUGUACACAAAAUACAUAAUAAAACAAAAACCAUCCAAUAAUAACCUGGCUUCCAUGAACACAUGAAAAAGGCCACGUUACUCAAAAUUCUAAAUUAAUGCAUUUUUUGGCAAAAAUGAUUAAUUUCACAUAUUCCACAGGGUGGGUGCCUUCUCGGUAGUGGCACCCGCCCUGUGGAACACCCUCCCACAUGAUGUCAAAGAGAAAAAUAACUAUCGUAUUUUUUGCUCUAUAAGACUCACUUUUUCCCUCCUAAAAAGUAAGGGGAAAUGUGUGUGCGUCUUAUGGAGCAAAUGCAGGCUGCGCAGCAAUCCCUCUUGCUGUUCUGGCUUCUGGGAUUCAGAAUAUUUUUUUUCUUGUUUUCCUCCUCCAAAAACUAGGUGCGUCUUGUGGUCUGGUGCAUCUUAUAGAGCGAAAAAUACGGUACCAAACUUUUAGAAGACAUCUGAGGGCAGCCCUGUUUAGGGAAGCUUUUAAUGUUUAAUAGGUUAUUGUAUUUUAGUGUUUUGUUGGAAGCCGCCCAGAGUGGCUGGGGAAACCCAGCCAGUUGGAUGGGGUAUAAAUAAAAAAUAUUAUUAUUAUUAUUAUUAUUAUUAUUAUACACUCAUGGAGCCUCAACUGGCAGUGAUGGACCAGGAAUCAGACCUUGGGGUCGUAGCAGAUGAUUGGUGGCGAUGUUGCCGCCAUAUUCGGCAGCUGAAGAAAAUUCCUUCCCUGUGUGAAGGGAUUGUGACUGAAACAACCCAAAUUUGCAUUUUGUGUGCAUGUUGAAUUUUACUUCCGUUGGAUUGCCUUCCUUCAUUUCUUUCUGUAUUCUUGUACGUCAUUGUGCUGUGAUUCCUUAAAUAUACUGAAAGGAAUUGAAAACAAAACAGUGAUAGCACAAUAGGGAUCUUAACUCUGCUGCUCGGCUCCCCAACAGAUUAUACGGUUUCUGGACUGGAUACUUUACCGAGCGACGCAGAAGGAGCCAACCCCUGUGAGUCACUGCAGGGGGGCAACUUGGAAGCAGAAACUCACAAGGGCUCUACUUCAGACAACGCAGGUGAGCGAUGAGAUUUCGGGGGACGCACCCCAGAUUCAAAGCAGCUCAUGCAGCAGAACUGUAAGAGCAGGGGGGCAUUGGCGCUCAGCCUAGGGACCCAGCACCUCUGGCAAAUGCCUUCCACACUCCAGGAAGUUUCAAGCAAUUCACAAUUUUUUUUUUUGAAAACUACUGACCUGGGUGGGGCAUUUCAGUUCCAUUUCAAGGCCGAAACUUUGCAGCAUUUUAAUGUAUAUUGCACUGGCUCAAAGAAAUCUUCCUGCUGCCUGGGGGCAGCCUUGGAACUGUAUAUUUGCAUUGUAUAGUGCAUGAUUUAAACAUCGGCUGUAAAAAAAAAGGAAGCAACAUGGACGAUUGGAUUUCUUAGUUUGUGAAAUAAUUUCAGAGUGUUGGGGCUGACCUUGAAAGCCCUAAACGGCCUCGGUCCAGUAUACCUGAAGGAGCGUCUCCACGCCCAUCGUUCUGCCCGGACACUGAGAUCCAGCGCCGAGGGGCUUCUGGCGAUUCCCUCAUUGCAAGAAGCAAAGCUACAGGGAACCAGGCAGAGGGCCUUCUCGGUGGUGGUGCCUGCCCUGUGGAACACCCUCCCACCAGAUGUUAAGGAGAUAAAGAACUGAUUUUUAGAAGACAUCUGAAGGCAGCCCUGUUUAGGGAAGUUUUUAAUGUUUGAUGUCUCAGCCUGUUUUUAAUAUUUUGUUGGGAGCCAUCCAGAGUGGUUGGGGAAACCCAGCCAGAUGGGCGGGGUAUUAAUAAUAAUAAUAAUAAUAAAUUUUAUUUAUAUCCCGCCCUCCCCAGCUGAAGCCGGGCUCAGAGCGGCUAACAUCAAAUGUAUAACACAUUAACAUAAAGUCAGACAAUCAAUUAAAAUACAUCCUCAAAUCAGAUCAGGAUCAGAAUAAAAUCCAAUCAGAUGGCAACCCGCAGAUUAGGAUUGGGGACCUUAAUUUUCACCAGGCCCAACAGUUUGUGCUGAACUUAUAUGGGCCUGUGAGAAAAAUUGGGAGGCCACUUUCAUGCAAGAUCUUAUGAAUGGGGAGAGGGAGUCAGACUGAACCCCGACCAAAGGCCUGGCAGAACAGCUCCGUCUUGCAGGCCCUGCGGAAAGAUGUCAAGUCCCGCAGGGCCCUGGUCUCUUGGGACAGAGCGUUCCACCAGAUCGGGGCCACGGCCGAAAAAGCCCUGGCUCUAGUUGAGGCCAGCCUAACCUCUCUGUGGCCUGGGACUUCAGGAUGUUUUUGUUUGAAGACUGUAAGUUCCUCUGUGGGACAUACCAGGAGAGGCAGUCCCGUAGGUACGAGGGUCCUAGGCCGUAUAAAUAAGUUGUUGUUGUUGUUGCUGCUGUUAUAUACUGCAGUGCAGGGAGUUGUAGAUGACUCCUGGGGUCCCUUUCAACCCUACAAUUCUAUUAAACUGGUGCCUUCCAGGGGUGUUUGGGGCUUUAGGGUGUUGGAACAUGCCUGGGGGCACACGCAGCCCUCAGAUCGAGACAAACCUCUCUGGGCGUCUUCCUUAUGAAGCGCAGCCCGGGAUGUCAUAAAUCUUCAGUCCCGGUGCGCACCAGCGACACAUAUCCAAAGAUAUGAAGGUAUCAGCAGAGUAUAGCCGAAACGACGUGGAGAUUAGCUGUGGCAUUCAAGGUAAUUUAUUAAGCAAUAUAUACAGGACAAAGCAAUAAUGGCGUCCUCUCACAUCUUCUCGAAGAGAGAGAAAAAGUACAAAAGUACAGUGGGCGCUCGGGUUGCGAACGUGAUCCGUGCUGGAUGCACGCUCGCAACCCGCAGCGGCGCUUCUGCGCAUGUGCGGGUUGCGUUUCGGCGCUUCUGCGCAUGUGCAAAGCGCGCUUUAGCAGUUCUGUGAAUGCGUGACUGCCGGAACCGGAAGUAACCCGUUCCGGUACUUCCAGGUUUCGGUGGGUGCAUAACCCGAAAAAACGUGACCUGAAGUGGCCGUAACGCAAGGUAUGACUGUACAACCCAGUGGAAGAGAUAAGACUGACUUCCGUUCUCCCACUUCCCAAGCCUGGAAAGUAAACACAGACAUGUGAUGUAACAAUCACAUAUCCAGCAACGGGAGAAUGAAAAUGCUGACCUAGGGGAGGGGUAGUACCACUGGUGGGAGAUACGCCGUCGUGCUCCUUUUGGGGGAGUUUUUUUCUCUUUCGGUCCCAAACCUGCACUCAAGCUCUCACCUGGGGCUUCUAGAAGCUGUCAGCAUGCGACAGUGUAAACAACUUGGGAAAUGACCAAAUGUCCGGCUAAACCAGGUGAGGGCAGCUGAUGUGUCUCAAGCCCUUCGUGAGUUAGGGGCUUGCCCUGCAUGUGAAGACAGGCUCCGGUGGAUGCUGCAGGCGAGACCAAGGUUGGGUCCAGCGGUUAAGAAGGCAGUAAUCUGGCAUCUCAAUAUGGAGGAUGACAUGGGUGGGUGUUUAUUGAUCUAUUUGAUCUGGGCGGAGCAACGGGGGAAGCUGGCUUUCCAAGCCACUUCAAUCUCCCUUUCCCAAAGUGUUAAAAUCGAGAUGUGGAAAAUACGGGAACAAGAAGGAGAGGCAGAACUGAGAUUUGGAGAUAGGCUUCAGGGGUCCAGACUGUGGGAAGUCCCGAGAAAUGAAUAAUUAUAAUUUGGAUGAUAAUUUGGUCUUUUUUAUUUUAGUUGUUUAUUUUAAUUGGAUCAUGAUUGGAUAUGUUAAUUGGAUGUUUUUUGUUGGAAAAUUAAUAAAAACGAUUUAAAAAAAAUAAAUAAAUCUCCCUUUCCCCCUCCCGCUUGACAGGGUCACCGGCUUCCAGGUCGGAUGCAGUUUCAUGGGUCAAAGAAGAGGAGCCUUCAGCAGGAAGGGAUGGAGGAAACUGGCCUCAAAGCGUUUGUAAUGGUGAGUAGGAGACUUAAGCAAGGGUAAGGCAGCAAGGCCAAAUAGCUACAAACCGCCAGCAUGUUUGCAAUGCUAAGCAGAGUCCAGCGUGGUUACGAAUUGGAUGGGGGACCGUCCGUUGAGAUUCCUGUUGGACUAGAUGACUCAGGGAUCCCUUACAACUCUGCAAUUCCACUCAUGCCUCUUUGGGCAGUGGGGAAGCAUCUGCCAGCCUACAGGCCUAACGUGGCGCAGAGUGGUUAGGGGCAGGUGUGGUGUAGAGGUUAGUUGCACUGGCUCUCGGUAUCGGGUCAGGUUUAAGGUGCUGGUUUUGACCUUUAAAGCCCUUUGUGGCUUAGGGCCCUCGUAUUUACGGGACUGCCUCUCCUGGUCUGCCCUGCAGAGGACCUUAAGGUCCAUGAAUAAUCAUAGUUUAGAGACCCUAAGGAAGUCAGAUUAUCCUCCACCAGGGCCAGGGCCUUCUCAGUGAUGGCUCCGACCUGGUGGAAUGAUCUGUCCCAGGAGACCAGGGCCCUGCAGGAUUUAACUUCCUUCCGCAGAGCCUGUAAGACAGAGCUAUUCCGCCUGGCCUUUAAUUUGAAUUCAGCCUGAUCUUUUAUUUCCCUUCUCUUCCCCCCUCCCCUUUUAUGAAGAUCACCCGCUCUGAGACCCCACAGCUAAUUCUCCCCUGGCCUCCUCACUGGCCCAAGUAGGACCAAUUCAGCCAGAUAGCCCUGGGGAUUAUCUGUUUGAUUUUUGAAUUCUUAGCCCCCUCCCCCCCCCCCGCUGCUAUCUAGCGCGCAGGAGGAAAGGGAAAGAGUUUCAAUGUCAGUGUUUAAUAAUACGCUAAAAAACUUUCAAUACGAUGGUUACACCAAACCUUUUCCUCUCUCUUCCUUGCCACCCAGCUAACGCCAGAGCCCAGCCACACCCGGAGGAAGCGCCGAGCGAGGAAGACCCUGCCAACCCACCCCUCCUGCUCUUCCUCCCCGGGGGCUCGGUGGCGCCCAUUUUGAACGGCGCCAUUGGCGAGAGCCGGCCCCUCCCCGGCCUCCGCGGCGCCCGCAGCGGGAGGCACCCUGGCUCUCCCUCGGCCAGGGGCACGCCGGAAGCGGCGGUGGAGCGUCCGCACCGCUGCGCGGACUGCGGCAAGACCUUCAGCCUGUUGCUGAGCCUCCAGAUGCACCAAAUGAACCACCAGAAACGGAAGCAGUACGAGUGCUCGUUCUGCGGGACGGCUUUCAGCUCCCCUUCGGAGCUGCUGCGGCACCGCAUGAUCCACACGGGCGAGAGGCCUUACCGGUGCUCGGUGUGCGGCAAGGGCUUCGUGCGCAAGCAGCACCUGGUGCCCCACCUGCGCCUGCACACGGGCGAGAGGCCUUACCACUGCGCCGAGUGCGGCAAGGACUUCAUCUGCAAGCACCACCUGCAGGAGCACCAGCGCACCCACACCGGGGAGCGGCCCUACGCCUGCGCCCAGUGCGGGAAGAGGUUCCGGAGGAAAAAGUCGCUGAAGGACCACUGGAGGGUUCAUAGCGCUGAGGAACAGCAGCAGCAGGGACAGGCGGGCUCUGCCCGGGUGCCUGAGGGCACGGAGGGGGACGUCCGAGUGGAAAGUUAAUGUGCUGGCUCAGGUGUAGCUCAGCGCACAAGGCGCACAGUUCAGCGGUGUAUUUGUUUCUUUACAGCUCGGCAACGCCUCCCAUCAUUGCAGUUACAGGGAAUGAAGGUCUCUGCCCUCUGCUGCCCCCUCCCCAAGUCUCCUGUUUUCCAAGCAGCCUACACCAGAGGGAGGGGAAUCUGUGCCCUUUGUUCUGCUACAGACAUAGCCGUCCAUGUCCUUGGAGACAAAGGCAGGGAGCUUAGUACAGCAGGAGUGGCAAGCUUCUGGGAUGCUUUUGCCCCCUCCUCUGCUUCACCAUCCGAGUCUGAACUGCUUUCUGCACCUGGUCCAUCUUGCUCACUAAAGCCUGUUGCUUCUUCUGCCUCCAACCAUUUCUCCUGUCCUUCCCCCUCUUGCCUGUCCUCUGUGUCCCUCCACCACUCCCUGGGCUCUGACCCUCCUCUGAGGCUUCCCUAGGGCGUUCCCUGGCUGGUGCUGUAGUGCACUUCUUGUCAUCCUGCCAAGACGGUUGGGUAGGUGGGUGGCUGGCUGGCUCCUUCUUCCCAGAGUCUCUUGGCCAUGGCCAAAUGACUCUGCAGCUUCCAAGCCCGAAUGCAGAUGGGCCUGCUAGCUCCAUUCAUUCUAGCCUUCUCCAGCGGUUUUGGACUACAACUCCCAUCAGCUGGGGGUGCUGAUGGGAGUUGUAGUUCGAAACCACUGGAGGGCUCCAGAGUUGGGGAUGACCCUCUUACGCUGUUCGAGAGCCCCUCGGGUACCACUCCCCACCGUUAAGAGCAUCUCUACCAAACCCUUGGCCUCUGCUUGCCCUCCAGCAGUUCAUUGCUUCCUUCCCUUGGCAUGUAAACAUUUUCUUUCUCCCAGUGUUGCCUCUCUCAUCCGUCUGUCAAGUUCAGGUGUGCUGUCCUUUUCCGCACAACGGGUUUGCAAUCGUCCCAGGAUUUUCGCAGCAGCUUGUUUUCUUUAAGAUAAUAAGUGUGUGGGGCAGGAUCUGUUUGGUGCUCUGGUUUUUGUAUACGGUUUAAAGCGCUCCCUAAAUAAUAAACCACCCCUGGCUGCAAGCGUGGAGUUUUCUCACUUGCUUGAAACAAGUUCUGUUUUCCGCUUGUCUUGCAGCUUAAGUACGUUCAAAGACACUGGCAUAUGUGCUUCGACUUACUGAGUCUUGGUAAGACACUGAUGGAGAAUUUAGCACAGAAAACUAGCACUCAGGGGUCAGGCAGAAUAGCUCUCCAAACUUUUUAUACUCUUUAUGCAAAAUACACUUAGUGUGUGCCUUUGAAACUGUUUGUAUGGUGCCCUUAACCAACCCAAAGCUCAG